GAAGAAGAUAGAUGAAAGUCACAUCAAAGAAUAUCCCUUUGUUGUUUAUGUAUCAUCUGGGCUAACAUAAUGCUGCAGGCCCUAUAUGGGGGCGACUCCUCGCCAGAGGUGGGCACCAUCUCAUCGUUUACCAGCUCGGACGAUAUGUUCCUCCUUGAGGAAUUGGAUGAGGCCAUUGAGACAGCAGUUCUUGAGGCUGGAGGCUGUAUGCAGACUCCCUACUUUGCGGACACCUACCAUCAGCAGGGCUCCCUAAAUGGCAUCAUCAGGGGAGACUAUGAGUCCACAGCCAGCACAGGUCUACAGAUGGGACAGAUAACUAGCAGGACACAUGACGGUAUCAUACACGUCAAGGAGGCGAAGAAAGAAAACGUCCUCUCCUAUGUUAGUCCUGUUUCCGCGUCGGCCCCUGAAAUUCACUUUCUCGGCCAGGAAAAGGUCGCCCUGUUGCCCCUUUUCCCUCAUAGUUUUCCUCCGAUGAAAACCAGACUGCUGACAUCUCAGCCCCCUGUCUCCCCCAUCAAAAUGUCACCCCUGAGAACUCUCUCCCAGAGCCUCCCCUCCAUCUCACCGCUGGACACCAUCCGUCCCAGCCUCCUCCUCCCCACCCCAUCCAAACUGUCAUCCCUGCCCUCCCUGUCUCCCAUCCUGCCCCCCAUCCCCUCCAAACUGCCACCAUUGCCCUCUCUGCCAUCCUGCACCUGCCAUGCCCUACUCUCCCAGACCUCUCCCCUGGAGCCUCUGCCCUCCAUCCCCCUCAAAUGUCCACCCCUACCGUCUCUGACAGACAGCACCCACCAUACCCCCCUCUCCGAGAUCUCCCCUGCCCUGGAGGCUCUGAUCUCCACCCCCAGCCCUCUCUGGUAUCAUCUGCCUGCGCUGGACCUACACAUCAGGGCUGGACUUAAAAACAGAGUGGCUCCCUUGCCCCCUAUCCUCUCCCAGGCAUCCCAGGAGAACGUGGACAACAUUGAGGAGGUGAGAGAGCCGCUGAGUGGCAGCUAUCAAUCACGAUUGAUUUCAGUAACAUAAAGUGGCAGUCCGUUCAAUCUUUGCUGUGAUUUUCAUGAAGUGAAACAUGUAUUAAAAUUAAAAAAGGCGAGAAAACAU